GACUGAACACUGGGCACAAGUCUCCCAAACUCAGUGACAAGCAGCAGAGCCAGCUACAGCUCUGCAUUUGAUGUCAGAGCCCAGCGCACAGUGAUCCUCCUGAGGCUCCACCACUGAGAUAAGUGAACAGAUUUGUGACACUUAUCUUAAUAUUAAUAGUUAUAAUGUCGUUUAGUUGUGGAACUUUAAAGACACAUUAAUUCGUAGCUGUUUUCACGUUUAUUGUGCUGUUCAUAUUAUGGUAGUCUCGAUGUUUGCAGUUUUCUGGAGGGCAACGUGAAGCUCAUAGCAAAUAUAUUAACUUGACAUUAACAAAGACAUAGCGGGACGGACCAUCUGGGAAAUGACAGACAGCAGAGCCUGACUAAAACUACCUGGAUGUCAGACAAAUGCUGGGGCUUUUUAUUUUCAAGCCCAAAUAAGUAACUUCACAUUCAAAAACAAGCCCCAAAAAAUGCAGGCCACGACUCGUUACAUUUGCAAGCGACUUUAGAAAAAAACAAGGCCAAAGUCGCUUAUAAUAAUAGGACUUGGCGACUGAAACUCAGAAUAGUUCCUGCUUUUCCAGCAACAAAAUGCGCAUCUCUCACCUCCCGCCAUCGUUUACAUUUCUGUCGCAAUGUGGAAUCUGCUGCUGACUGUUGCAUAGAAACGCUGGUCGCUCCCCAAGACACACUGAGGAAAUAAAAUUAGAUUACAAAAGAAAAUAGUAACACACAGUGAUUUGGAUUAGUAACUUUAAUCUGAUUACUGGAUUUGAAAUAAUAUCACGUUAGAUUACUCAUUACUCACAAAAGUGGUCAGUAAUGCAACAGUUGGCCACGAUGGAGUCCAGAUUUUGGGAUGUGCUGGAGAAGACUGCACCGCAGGCGGAAUCUACCAUCAUCAAUGGAAGAUCUUGGUGAAUGGAUGAAAAUAAAUCUUUUAACAUUGCAGAAGCUUAUUAAAACAAUGCCACAGCGAAUGCCUGCUGUAGUCAAGACUAAAGGCAGUCCAACAAAAUAUGAAUUUUUCGGUGCUGACUUUUUUUUGUCCAGCCAGAGUAUAAACAUACAUUUCUUAGCUGUUUUGUAACUUUUGAUAUUUCAUGACCAGGUUAACUACUAUUAGCAAUACAAGCUAAUAUUACGUACCAUUCUACUUAAAUCCUUACGGAACAUAUUGAAGGAAUUUGUCUGGGAUUUCAUUUAAAGUAGGUUUAAUCUGUGCAGCCGGUGCCAAAGUAAGUAACAAAAAUCUUUUUAAAUUCUGGUUUUGAUAUUAAGUACCUGCUAAUGUCUUUUGACUAUGCUAGCUACUAGCCAAACAAGAUAACACUUUUAAGCACUGGCACAGAUUUGGAAACUUUCACUUUUUAACUGCAGGUACGUUAUGAUAAAAACAAUGUUAGUUUUGAAAUAAAAAACCAACUGAUAUACAUUGACAGCUGCCUCAUGUCUAGUAUGGACGAAGCAACCCACUCAAGUGCUGCCUCUGUGCAAGUUGAAUUUUGCUUCCUAAAUGUUUCCUGAAUUAUUUGAGUUAAAUUUGCAUUCUUGAAGAAAUCUUUUAUAUUUUAAGCACCUUCUAAAAAAAGUUCUCACAUAGCAGAACUAGGCAGUAUUUUUACCUUGGCAAUUUUAUGUAGAGCAGGUGUUAUUUAUGAAGGUCCCACACCUGCCCUGCUUGAGUCCCUCUGCUAGUAAACAGUCAUUUACUCGAAAAGGCACUCAGAAACAGCUUGUGUUUGUUCUCUCUUGACAAUGGCCCGGUCACCAGGGCUUUCCUACAAAAGCAACAGUUACGGUCUCACAUUUUUUUCUUUUACACCACUUCCUUUGCUUCCUUUUCCUUUCCUUUUCUGUUUUUUUCUUCCUUUUCUUUCCUUUCCUUUCCGUUUUCUUAAGGAGCCGUGACACAUUCGCUAGCAUACCGGUGUGGCUUAUUCACCGACCUGUGUUUGUUUUUUGGGAAAGGUCUUUUGUAACCGGAGCCGAGUCGUUAUCUUAGCGGAGCGCGGCCCGGGCCAGACCAGACAUUAACUCAUACUUUCACUCUAACUCAGGCAGGAAAUGGGAGUAUUUUAUAAUGUCAUCCACUCUGUCAUGAAUGCAAUCGCUCAGCUCCCUUGUGUAAACUAUCACUAGGGACGCUGGUUCAAGCCUCAGGAAUAUUGAUUUUUCACUCAGUGUUAAAAAGAAGAAGAAAUCUAUACAACGUGUGUAUCACAUCGACACAUACAUGUAAUUAUUUUACACGGCACCGGCACAGAGGAAAUGGAUUAGAAAGACAAUGUGUGAGAGGAGAAGCUUGAACUGUAUGUCUGCUAAAUUUAUCAUGAGGCCUUUGGGAGCAUUGAAAUGAGAACAGUGGCCUAUUACUGCUAAGAAGGUGUUUUAUUGAGAAUACGCCGACAUGCCACCCCAGGGAGGACGCUGGGGGAGAGGAGUAUGGCCGCAGCUUAAACCACUUUGUGAGUGUGAGUGUCUUUUUAUUUUUCUUUGCUUGUUAUAUAGAAAAUAAAAGCCCCCGCCACCCUCCCUUUAAUUAUUCCUUAUGACGACUACUGAAAUUGUCACUUUUUGACACUUGAAGGCGUUGUAGUCAAUAAUUUAUAUAGGUCAAGCCAUCUUUCCCUGAGCUUAUUGUUAUUAGCAUAGGAGAGUGGUGGCUUCUCAAACAGACACUUUAGAUUAUUUUACCAGCAGUGUUUGCUGACUGGACGGCAUCCCAGGAACAGUCCUUCAUCCUUGGCCAAAAAGAGAAGUUUAUGGCUCUCGAUGCGAGCCGGGGAGGCGUGAGGGGGUAAUGUUCCGCUCUGUGUUUGUCACGAUUAUGAACAACGCAAGGUGUUAAUCUUAUCUUUAAUUCUUUAAGUUAAGUUCGCUCUUACUCCGUAACACCUCAUUAGAGGAUUGUUCCUUUUUUUUUAUCUUAAAUUUAUUAGGAUGGGAACAUAUCUGACCCUUCGGAGAUGCUGAGGGUCAUCAAAGGAAAUGAUGGGGUAGUAAAACGAGGGGGUGCUGACCCAUGCCUCCCGGUGAGUUCAGCAAGAUCCCCAGUAGGUGGCAGGGUCUUGUUUUCUUACUCUAGCUGAGAGCACAUGGGGUGUUGGAGAGUGUGAUGAUGUCAUGACAGUUAAUUGCUCUCAUUGGGGUGGAAGUGGAUGGAUUGCAGUGUAGCUGCUGUAACAUUGGCUGUGAAUGUUAGUGGGUUUAAGCUUUUCUGAAAGCAAACUGCAGGGUAAGAGUUAAAAAAACUGCAAAAAUACUUCAAGUCGUUUUUUUUUUCAUGGCUACUCAAAAAGUUGCAUAUUAAAAUUUUCAUAAGUGUGUAUGCUAUUUUUUGUUAAGAUAAAUAGUGUAUUGUCUCUUGUGGGAAUUUUAUGAAGAGUUAACAAGAAAACAUAGUUGCUGUGUUCAAAUGAGUGGUGAUUUUGUGGCGGCUGUGUAAACAUGACCAUUUAAAGGCACUGAUAGCACAUAGCUGUGUUUACUUAUCUACUCUUUCAUUAAAACCUGUUUUCUUUAAGCCUCCAUUGUUUCAGUGGCACGGCCAGAGUCCCAGCUAAAGGGUCAAAGGGUUAACAGCCAUCAACUGUGACUCCCCCCUUCCCUCUGUCUUUCAUUGCUCUCUCUUUUUUUAAAGGGGCCCCUCACAAAGGCACAGUUUCACCUGCAAUACCCCCCACCCCCCCAACAUGCCUUUUUUCCACCCCGAUUUGAAUUGAUUAUGUUUAGAGAAGGCUGCUUGUGAUUGGUUGAGAAGGGCGUGGUUGAUUGGAUAGUUUUGUAUCUUGUCAGCCGGGGAACAACCUCGCGCGUGCAAUCUGUCCGUAUCCCGAGGAAGGUUGGAGUCUCGGCUGCGCCUCUCCUCAACCUGCCCUGCUCUCCGAGCCCGACUGAGCGCCUCUCUCUCUCUCUGUCUCUCUCUCUCUCUCUCUGUCUCUCUCUCUCUCUGUCUCUGUCUCUCUCUCUCUCUGUCUCUCUCUCUCUUUCCCUCGCCGCUGAGUUCUCCGCUCUGCUUCACUCCGUACCUCGUGGCCCGGCGCUCUUGUUUACCCUCCCAGCUAAAUGGAGUUUGUCAGGUUCCAGUGUCAGUGGCUAUGAUGACACCUCAAGUGAUAACUCCACAGCAAAUGCAGCAGAUUCUUCAGCAGCAAGUCCUGAGCCCUCAGCAGCUCCAGGUCCUCCUCCAGCAGCAGCAGGCCCUCAUGCUACAGCAGCAGCAACUUCAAGAGUUUUACAAAAAGCAGCAGGAACAGCUUCACCUCCAGCUCCUCCAGCAGCAGCAACAUGCAGGCGGCAAGCAGAGCAAAGAGCAGCAGGUGUCACCGCAGCAGUUGGCCUUCCAGCAGCAGCUCCUGCAGGUCCAGCAGGUCCAGCAGCAACACCUGCUCAACCUUCAGAGACAAGGGCUGCUCUCCAUCCAGCCAGGACAGACCAGCCUGCCGCUGCACUCGCUCACUCAGGGCAUGAUUCCAGCAGAGCUCCAGCAACUGUGGAAAGAGGUGACGAAUGCCCACGUAAAGGAGGAGCACAACAACGGCAGCAGCAACAACGGCCACCGGGGCCUCGACCUGUCUUCCUCGGCACCACCAAAGAACCCGGUCCUCAACCAGCAUGCUGCCACCAACGGCCAGUACAUGAGUCACAAAAGAGAUGGGUCAGUCCUGGAGGAGCCAUCCCCCCACAGUCACCCUCUCUACGGCCAUGGCGUCUGCAAGUGGCCCGGGUGCGAGGCUGUUUUUGAUGAUUUCCAGUCAUUCCUCAAGCAUCUCAACAACGAGCAUGCCCUGGACGACAGGAGCACGGCCCAGUGUCGGGUGCAAAUGCAGGUCGUCCAGCAACUCGAGCUCCAGCUAGCAAAGGACAAAGAGCGUCUGCAAGCCAUGAUGACGCAUCUUCAUGUCAAGUCCACAGAGCCCAAAGCCACCCUGCAGCCGCUCAACCUCGUGUCCAACGUCACAUUGUCCAAGUCAGCACCCGAGACCUCUCCGCCCCUGAGCCUCCCGCAGACCCCCACCACACCCACAGCGCCCCUCACGCCCCUCUCCCAGACCCACUCCGUCAUCACAGCCAACAGCCUCCACAGCGUGGGGCCGAUGCGACGACGCUACUCAGAAAAGUACAACAUGCCCAUCUCCCCAGAUAUCAGUCAGAACAAGGAGUUUUACAUGAAUGCAGAUGUUAGGCCACCAUUCACCUAUGCCUCAUUAAUAAGACAGGCAAUCCUUGAAUCUCCGGAAAAGCAGCUAACACUAAACGAAAUCUACAACUGGUUCACACGAAUGUUUGCGUAUUUUAGGCGCAACGCAGCAACAUGGAAGAAUGCAGUCCGGCAUAAUCUUAGUCUGCACAAGUGUUUUGUGCGAGUAGAAAACGUUAAAGGGGCUGUGUGGACAGUCGACGAAAUAGAGUUCCAAAAGAGACGGCCUCAAAAGAUCAGCGGAAGUCCAGCCCUAGUGAAGAACAUUCAGACCAGCCUGGGCUUUGGUCCAACUCUCUCUGCUGCCUUCCAGGCUUCAAUGGCAGAAAACAACAUACCUCUAUACACUACUGCUUCCAUUGGAAGUCCCACACUCAACUCCCUGGCCAACGCCAUCCGCGAGGAGAUGAAUGGAGCGAUGGACCAUGACAACAGCAACGGGAGUGACAGCAGCCCGGGACGCUCGCCUCUGCCAGCUAUGCAUCACAUCAGCGUUAAGGAGGAACCACUGGACCCUGAAGACCACGACGGACCCCUCUCCCUGGUCACAACCGCCAAUCACAGUCCGGACUUCGACCACCACAGAGAUUACGAUGAAGAUGUGGGCCAUGACGACAUGCUGUAA